AUGAGUUCUAACAAAGAGGAUCGGUUGAACGCCUUGAUAAAACUGGGUAUCUUUGAACAUCAGAAGGACGAGAAAGCUUUGACAGCAUUGCGUCGUAGAUCAUUAUACAUUCAUAGGAGUCGCUUGCCUGUGCACGAGUCUUAUUCCAGAGAACAUGAUCGGAGAUUUCGAAUUGUUGUCUUUGUGGUGAGAUUUUGCAUCAGACAGGUUAAAAGGCAUUCUUUACGGAUACCACGUGACGAACUAACACCGUUCAUCAAACAAGUCCACUUUCACGAAGACGAGUCGGCGGAAAAUGACGACCUUCUGUUUGACGCGUCGAGAUUUAAGGUCAAAAGACAGAACCGGAUGUCUGAGGAAAUGAUCAGGAUCUGGAGCAAGCUGCCUGAUAGUAGAACAGAACAAGAACUUUACACGGUUGAAAUUGGCGUACGCAGCAUGCCUUCUUUUAAAGAGUUUCCAGCCAGAAUGCAACGACUGAUUGCCGAAGUCGGAAUUUACUGCAAAUAUGAAGCAAAACGAGUUUUAGUUCGUCAGGGAAAUCGAGCAGAAUAUUUUUACUUCAUACUGUCUGGUUCAGUGGUUGUUCUGGUAAUGGAUGACGAAUGGAAAUACGCUAGACCGGUAGCCUAUCUUUACAAAGGCCAGUCAUUUGGGGAGUUGGCAAUCAUAAACAGAACUUCUCGUCAAUCAACAGUGAUGGCCAAAGAAACAUGCGAACUCUUGAAAAUAUCAGUCUCAGACUACCACAAAAUAUUUAUGGCCGGUGGAGUUAGGAAUAUAAACGAUCCAGAUUAUGACGACUUCGUUGGGCACCUCAGUUUUCUCCAGGGCUGGCCAGUUGAAAAACUACAGAAGCAGCCGUCAAAAUGCCUCUUCCUAUAUUUCAAGCGUGGAGAUGUUAUGGUGAAAGACAGCCAUUAUUCAGACUGGAUCAUAGUCGUGAAAUCGGGCAGUGUUUCCGUUUUGAAGAAAUUGAAAAAGGUGAACGCCUAUAAACUGAAAACUGCGAGAGACUUACAGUUCGUUUGUGAAAAGGAAAGAGUUAAGAGAAGGGAAGACUAUUCAAAAUGGCGACAAAUGCUUUCUGGCUGCGAUAUCAACCUGCGUAGUGAAACAGGUGACCUUGACCGAGCUGAUGCCGCAAAUCGGAAACCAUUUCAACACCCUGGCAUUUAUCCUACCACAGAUCUUAAAGAAAGUAUGCCAAAACAGGAUAACGUAAGAACACAGAAUUGUGUUCAACAAAUGGCUCAUUCACAAAAAUCACUAUCAAAAACACUUCCACAUUCGGGCAUUUGUUCUUCAAAAAAGUUCUUACGAGUGCAGACGUUUGGUAAGCCAUUAGAACAUAAACAGGGCUCACUGACAUACAGUUACGUGCCGCCAGUGAUCGUAAAUGAUCCAGAAUCACCGAAACCGCCAAACAGAUUUCCUCUUCUUGUCAGUUUGAGGAACACGCGAGCUCGAAGACGUCUGGGUGGCAAACCUUUCAACAAGAUGACGUGGAAUCGGUACGAAGUGAUUGACGAGUCUACAGAGACAGACGACAGCGUGUUUGAAUUGGUAAAUACAUCCGCAAGACACUCUAAACGUCGCCAGAGUGAGUUGGAACGGGAAAAGGAGAUGAUGGGUUUCAAGCAGCACGUCCGCACCAUCAGUGAAGACCUUGACUCGGGUAUAAAGAGAAAGGAUAUCGAUGACGUCACUGCUGCAGAUUUGGACCCGGAGUUUGUGAUGGUACAAACUCUCACCAAAGGACAGACUUUUGGCUUGGUGGAUGUCAUUCUCGGAAAACAGACAAGCUUCUGUGUCAUCAGCAAUGGAGCCGACUGCUUGCUGAUUAACAAACAGUUUUACCUUGACCACGUGUCAGAGCCACUGUUCCGCAAAAUCAGACAUGAACUGUGUCCGUACCCGACCGAGGAGGAGCUGCAGAACGAACUCCAGAUCAGCACUAACUGGGAGUUUUUCAAAAAGAACGUUCUUCACUCGGCGCUGAAUCACGUCAAGAUCCACAGACCAGUCAGACUGCCUACCUAACCGACGACCUAUCACCGUGUAGCUAGCUAUCUCUAGCUGCCUAAGGGCGGAGUCGUGCUAGAUCGGCAUAGAGCGCUCGCCUGAGGUGGUUUGGUCGCAGGAUCGAACCCCCUCAGUGGACCCAUUCUGUGAUUUAUCUUUUUUCAAAUUUACAAUCAGUGCUGUCCUAUCUGUGGGGGAAAGUGCUUAUAAACGAUUCCUUGCUGCUAAUGAGAAAAUGUAGCAGGUUUCCUCCAAAGACUAUGCGUCUGAAUUACCAAAAUUAAGCUGUAUCCUAACCGGCCGCGAGCGACGCGAGCGAUGCGAGCGAUUAUUUUAGAAAUCAUUUAUUUCUAUUGCCGCAUCCUAACUGCACG